AAACUGAGGUGCUCAGAAGGACAACAUCACCAUGGGGGUGUUAAUGAUGUUCCUGCUUUUCCGUGCUGCUUUUUCUUUGGGAGAUGCAUGUUUUAGGCCACACAGAUGUAAUCAGGGAUGGCAGCAGUUUGGAUCCCGCUGCUUCUGAUUUGAAGAGACUCAGGUCAUGGACUGAAGCAGAGCGUCAUUGUCAGUCUCUUGGUGGACACCUGGCCUCAGUACACAGCUGGAAGGAGUCUAGAUUCCUGGAGACGUUGACUGUAGGUUCACCUUUGACCUGGAUUGGAGGAAAUGAUGGUGGUUGGCCAGAGUUGACAAAGGACAGGAGCUGGUCCUGGACUGAUGGCUCUGGAUUUAAUUACCAUGAAUGGGACGAAGGGGAACCCAACAACUAUAAUGGUGUCAGAGAGCCGUGUAUUCAGAUGAACGCUGGAGAUCAACAUCGCUGGAACGAUGAUGUCUGUGAAAAGAACUGUGCUUCGGUCUGCUCCAGAAAUCAUUAAAUCAACUGUUGCUGUGGCA